GUCACAAUUUUCUCGCUUUUUUAUUAUUAAUAGUGUUAAACCCUAAACCCUUCUUCUCCUCUACAGUUCUCUGUUGGCGACUAUUGGAUUCUGGCACUCACAAACAUGAAUUUCAAGAAUAUGAAAGUUCCGAAAGUGCCAGUUCGCGGGAUUGGUACUUUGCUUACUGUGGGAGUUAUUGGUGGUCUUGGUGUUUAUGGACUUGACAAUGGUCUCUACAAUGUUGAAGGAGGGAGCCGGGCUAUUGUGUUCAACCGCAUUACUGGUGUCAAAGACAAGGUCUAUCCGGAAGGGACACACCUAAUAAUUCCAUGGUUUGAGAGGCCAAUCAUCUAUGAUGUCCGCGCACGACCCCAUUUUGUGGACAGCAUUGCUGGAAGCCGUGACCUCCAGAUGGUGAAAAUAGGGCUUCGAGUUCUGGUCCGUCCUGUGCCUGACCAAUUACCUACAAUUUAUCGUACUUUAGGUGUGGAUUAUCUUGACAGGAUCAUGAAGUCAAUCAUUCAUGAAACUUUGAAAGCUGUAGUUGCACAAUAUAAUGCAAGCCAACUGAUUACUCAGAGAGAGACUGUUAGUAGGGAAAUUCGGAAGAUUUUGACAGAGAGGGCAGCCAAGUUCAAUAUUGCAAUGGAUGAUGUAUCUAUUACCAGCCUGACUUUUGGGAAGGAGUUUAUGAUUGCAAUUGAAGCUAAACAAGUAGCUGCUCAAGAAGCUGAGAGGGCCAAGUAUGUUGUGGAGAAAGCUGAACAAGACAAGAAAAGUGCUAUUAUCAGAGCCGAGGGUGAAGCAAAAAGUGCCCAGCUGAUAGGUGAAGCCACUGCCAAGAACCCAGCAUUUGUCACUCUAAGGAAGAUUGAAGCUGGGAGAGAGAUUGCACAAAUCAUCUCCAAUUCAGAUAAUAAAGUUUAUCUUAACUCCGAUAGUCUGUUGCUCAACCUUCAGGAGUUGAAUUUGAGUUAAGUGGGGAAAAGAAGAACAUAUCUGCUUGCUUCAACUAAUAAUCGUCCAUCUUAGGGUAGUUCAAUUGUGUGGAGAUAUUCCUUAAAAGAACUCGGUAGUAACAAAUUAGAUGGUUUUGUUUGUUGAUGAUGGAUUUGUUGGAAAUUCAUAUUUCCAAGAUCGUAGGGCCCUUUGACCUCUUAGAAGUUAUAUAUGCAUCAGUUGGCAUGGAGACAACAUGUGAAUAUAAUCUGUGAAUGCUGGUUUUUCUUGGCUAAACGAUUGUCUGCUUGUUGUAGAGUAGAGUCUCUAUAGUGCUGGAAUUGGAUCCAGAGUU